GAGUGGACAUCGAUUGGUUUGCUUCGGAAGCGAACUCGCCCACAAUGAUAUCCCCGACUCCAUCCUUUCUUCGGAAGAGAGAACACAGUAUUUCGGCAUCACAGAUGGGCAUGACCAUGACAGUGUAUGGGAAAACGGAUUCGCCAACUUCGCCCUUCCAUUGCACCGUAAAAUGUAUCUCGAUGUUGAGCUGCGUAUCAAGGCCCGCAAGCGCAACUGUCAGCUUGAUUAUCUCCAUGCGUCGACGUUGUGUCGUUUGCUGGAGUCUUUCCGGUGCGGCGACAUCGUGGUCGUUUCGACCGCUGGCUCCACUAAUCACAUUCUUCGAAACCUCACCAAACACGAAUGUGCUAUUUCUUGUCUCUGGGUCACAUUGUCCUCGAGCGUAUAUGCUUGUCCUCGAC